CUUUUCCAUCACUGGAACUUCAAAGAGGUGUUUCACCACAGACUGGCACUGGCACAGACACAGACACUGACACAUACACACACACACACAGACACACACACACACACACACACACAUACACACAGACCGCAGAACUGCUGGCAGUAGCCACAAAGACACCCACCAGAAAAUUUCAGGAGGCAUCACAACACAACAGGUGCAAGCAUGUGGUCGUGCUGGGGGUUUCUCGUCUGCUUCCUGGCAGCAUCGGCAUCAGCCUCCAGGGGGCGAGAGUGGGCCCACCACGGAGCCUCCAUGUUCGCCGACCUCACCCCACGUGAGUUGAAAGCCGUCCGGGACUACCUGCACGCGCAGAAGGAGCUGGGGCUCACCUUGGCAAAGGAGAAAGUCUUGAAGAAGAACAGCAUCCUGCUGAUCGAGCUGCACGUGCCGCGCAAACACGAGGCCCUCCGAGCGUUGGACCGAGGCCAGGCCAAGCCUCAGAGGCAGGCUCGUGUGGUGGUGCAGUUCGGGGACCAAGCCCAGCCCAACAUUACGGAGUACAUCGUCAGCCCCCUGCCUUAUCCCACAACCUACGAGGUCAAGACGUUCAAAGGCGGCCGGCCGAUCCUCUUCGAGUCGCGGCCCAUCACGUCAGCGGAGUACCACCACCUUCUGAAGGUGCUGGAGAAAGUGGAGAUGAAGGCUCGCAGGCUUCUGCACGAGAGCACAGGGUUCGCGGGGAUGGUGGGUGUCAGCGACUGCGGUGACCGGUGCUUGACCUUCUCAGACAUCGCUCCCCGAGGACUGGCCCCGGGCGAGAGGCGGACGUGGAUCAUGCUGCAGAAGUUCGUGGAGGGCUACUUCAUCCAUCCGGUGGGCUUCGAGUUGCUCGUUAACCACAGGGACCUGGACCCUGAAAAGUGGGCCGUGGAGAAGGUGUGGUACAACGGGCAGUACUUUGACAGCGUCGAGGAGUUGAUGGAGAAGUACGACCAGGGCACCAUCAAAAAACACAAGCUGCCAGAACACGAUCCGACUGACCUCUACUCGACUUUCGUCCCGCGGGGCCACUCCAACAUGGCCUCAGACAUCCACGGGCCCAAACUGGUUGAGCCCCAGGGGCCACGCUACCACGUGGACGGGAACUUUGUGGAGUACGCCGGCUGGUCGUUCGCCUUCCGCGUGCGCUCCUCUGCAGGUCUCCAGAUCUUCGACCUACGCUUCAACGGCGAGAGAGUAGCCUACGAGGUCAGCCUGCAGGAGGCCAUCGCCUUUUACUCGGGCGACACGCCUGCCGCCAUGCAGACCAAGUACAUCGACGCCGGGUGGGCCAUGGGCACGUCCGACUACGAGCUCGCCCCUGGCAUAGACUGCCCCGAGAUUGCCACUUUCCAGGACAUGUACCACUACUACGACACGGACAAGCCGGUGCGCUUCCGCAAUGCUCUCUGCAUCUUCGAAAUGACCACCGCUAUGCCCCUAAGGAGGCACUUCAACUCUGACUUCAAGGGAGGGUACAAUUUCUUUGCCGGCCUGGAGAACCAUGUCUUAGUGCUAAGAACUACCUCAACUGUUUACAAUUACGACUACAUCUGGGACUUCUACUUCUACCAGAACGGAGUAAUGGAAGCCAGGGUCAGUGCCACUGGGUACAUCCACGCCACCUUUUUCACACCCAACGGGCUCAACUACGGCACCAAGGUCUACAGCUACGUGCUGGGCAACCUGCACACCCACCUCAUCCACUACAAAGUAGACCUGGAUAUUGCUGGGCGGGAAAACAGCUUCGAGUCCAUGGAGCUGAAGUUUGUUAACGUGUCGAAUCCCUGGAGUCCUGGACACACCAUACAGCAGUCCCUCCUCGCCAAGAAACAACAUGAGACAGAGCGGAGCGCUGCGUUCCGCUUCGGGAAGAAGUUCCCCCGCUACCUGCACUUUUACAACCCCAAGCAGGAGAACCGUUGGGGACACAAAAAGGGCUACCGCAUCCAGUUCAACUCCCACGGCCACAGCGUGCUGCCCAAGGGCUGGAAGGAGGAGAACGGGAUCAGCUGGGCAAGAUAUCCUUUGGCAGUGACCCGUCACAAGGACAGUGAGGCUACCAGCAGUAGCAUGUACACCCAGAAUAAUCCUUGGGAGCCUCUUGUGUCUUUUGAGGACUACAUCCGCAAUAACGAAAAUAUCACCGAACAAGAUCUUGUUGCCUGGGUGACUGUAGGUUUCCUGCACGUCCCUCAUUCAGAAGACAUUCCAAACACGGCAACGCCCGGCAACGCUGUGGGCUUCUUCCUUCGGCCCUUCAACUUCUUUGACGAGGAUCCAUCACUCUCAUCCCGUAGCACGAUAAUAGUGCGGCCCGGGAAAGAGGGCACGCCCACGAUCCAGAGGUGGACUCCAGAGGUAAUCGGACAUUGCGUGACCGAUAAGCCGUUCACUUAUAACGGUACUUAUGCAGGGGUGUGAGCUGCAUCAGAGAUGAUCUAUGAUGCUAGAUAUAGAGGACAAUCCUUGUGAUCUUGUAAGUAUGUGUGUUGAACAUUUCUGUAUGAAAUUUUCCAUGACGUUAAAUGAUUAUCUACACAUGCAGAUACAGUAUACAACAAUUCACUCUCUCUCUCUCUCUCACACACACACACACACAAACACACACUCCUAGAACACCUAUCUACAUAGUCCAAUAACCGUUUUGAAAACAACUCCUUGGGCAGCUUGAACAUUCCAUGCUGGCCUCAUAAUUGGCUGGCUGGCUGGUUGACAUGUUUUAAGAAAAGCAAAUAAACCAAAUGAGCCGUGUCUGGUUGCCUUGGUAAAAAAUUGAUUUGUGCCCCAAAAACAAGUGUCCAACAAUCCUGUACCAAAGGUCUGUUUCUCCAACACCACAAUCUCCCCAAUCUCUAAAUCACUGCAUUGCGUCUUUGAUGGCUGCGGUCAUAACGGUUGACUUGAGUUAUGAGAUGAGAAUCAGUCCGUGUUGACGUGAACGGUCUCCAUGGUCUGGGCUUAACGCCUUGGAACAUCCAGGAUGCAGGACGUGGGAUCCGCCUGCCAGCGGGCUUAGCCACGGAGCUUAGCGAGGUCUGCCGGGAAAGCUUUAACCCCCAGGACAGGCGAGGGGUGUCUGUAAACAACGCUGGUGCAUCCGCAUCUUUAGGAAAACAGUCCGGCAUUCACCUGGGUGGUCACUGUGGGAGACCAAAAGCCUGCAGACCAGUCAGAUAUGGGAUGUGUGCGCGUGGUGUGUGUGUGUGUGUGAGAGAGAGAGUUCUGUUUGUGUGUGUUUCUCUGUGUGUGUGUGUGUGUGUGUAUGUGUGUGUGUGUGUGUGUAUGGGUGCACGCUCCUCUGACUUGGUUCAAAGUGAAUAAAGAAACAUGAAAAGGAUGGUGCUGGCUUUAUGACCUCCUGGGUCAGUACACUGUGUCAACAAUAACAAACAAAAGUACCAGUAUUUGAAAAUUUUAAUGAUUUUCUAUUGCAUCUCUACACUAUAACAUUUUUUCAACAUACUUUAUCUCAUUUUCAUACAUAGCCUAUCAUAUGUAUGUAGGCAUAAAUGUUUUGAAACUGACCUGAACUGUUCCAAAUUUAGUGUAUGUAUUAAUGGCUUACUGUGUGUCAUGUAAGUGUAAUGUGAUUAUAAAUAAAUAUUUCCAUUCAUUA